GGAGCGAGCCGAGUGCCGAGCUUCUUUUUUUAUCUCUCUCCUCUCUUUCUCCCCAAAGAGAGAAAGAGAGAGUUUCGAGCAACGGCGACGACGUUGCCCCGUUCCAGCUGGACGCCCGCCAAAGCGGGAUAUGGAAGGUGACUGAGACGAUAGAGCACGCGGAACCGGCUACCAGAGUGAGCGUGUGAUAUGCGGACGAGCCUCGGAAUAUUGCAGCGGUCGAGUUGAGAGAGGGCCAGCUACACGUACACCGUGCCCCUUCACGCCAAUUUAUUUCGGUUUUAUUGCUUUGCAGCUCACGCUGCUUUGUUUUCGCGCUCACACUUCAGGGGCUUUCCGCUUUAAAUUGACACACUUUUUUGCAGUUGACUCGAAGAGCCGUGUCUCGAGUUGAGUCAGACUCUAGAUUGAUGGUUGUCGUUGUCGAUCGAUGUGGAGCCAAAACGGAGAAUUGACGACGAAUCGUCGAAUUGGCGAGUGCAUCGGUGAACGAAAAAAUGAAGAAGUUGCGCGGUAGUACGAUGUGCUGCCGAAGCCACGUGCGGUGAUCGAGGGGGUUGCCAUCUCUCUCCGGUCUCCUCGUGGAUAUCGACUAAACACGCGCGCCGCUCUAGAGAGAAGUCGGGCUUUGGCUUUGUCGCUUGUGGCAGCAUCUGUCACGAGGAGAGAAGCAUGAAUCUGCCAGGCACUUGGCAGCUAGUGCUGCUCUCGUUCUUCGGGCUCGCUUUAGCCAUCGAAGACCUAGUCUGCUCGAAGAACCACUCGGUGGUGGAGGUGAGCGGCGAUGCCGUCCUUUCAGUGUUCGUCGACACAGACUACGGGCCCGAAUGCAAUAUUUCAUCGCCAAAAAGCAUCCAGGAGGUAGCCACGGCGAUGUUCGUCGCGCAAUCUCUCAACAAGCUGGGAUACGUACCCGGAGUGACGAUAGGUAUGCGACUGUACGACACGUGCAACGACCGUAUCUCGGUGUACAAGCAGGCCCUGCUGUCGGCAAUGGAAAUGGACUGCUCGGCGCACUAUGACCUUGGCAUUUUAGCGCCGGAGCGCUACUCGGAGGUGCUCGAGCCACUACGCAACUUGGACAUAAUCCCGGUGAACACCUAUGCCUCGGCUAACCUGUCGCGGCCGCUGAUCGACGUGCUCGUAGACUUUAUCGCGAGCCGAUACUCAGUCGUCGAUCUGGUACUGAGCAGCUCGCGUCGGCUGCUCGAUCGAUUUCUCGACGCCAGCAAGGAGGCGGGCAUUUGCGUCAAGAGCGAUAAGAUGCACGAGCCCGACGGCAACGCCACCGACCUCGUCGUCGUCGCCAUUGGCGACUACGACGACGUAUCCGCUUGGCUCGACGAAGAGCAGAUUGGCGACCACGACGAUAAGAAAAUUUGGAUCAUCCUACCGGUCGACAACUCGCACGUGGACGACUUGAUACCAGAAAGCUCGUUCGUGGUGAAACCCGAGCAGUUCCAAGUGGACCUCGGGCCGGAGCUCGACAUGUCGGAAAUAUCCGUAAGCACAAUACUGCACUCGCCCCAUCUGCUGAGUGUGGGCAAGGCCAUAGUCGAGAUUGCCAAAUCUAUGCUCGACUUGCAAACCAAGAGUUGUCCUUACGGAACAACGGGUUGCGUCUUACCACGAUUCAGCCUGCCCGAGAGAGCCUCCAUCAGCAAUGCGCAUCUCUAUGAAAUACUUCGAGUACCUGCUAAGUCGCACUCGACCAAGUACAUCAUAGCCCGAAAGCUAGGGGACGCAGUGGUGGAGAUAGCCAGCUACAUGAUCGACGCGACGAGCGCGCGCUACCGAGUGAUGCCAGAGAGAGAGAUGCACAGAAUGCCACGUUUGUGCGUGAAGAAGCUCGCCUCGAGAUGCGACAUGUGCAUCAACUUUCAGAUCCGCUCGCACGACGAGGACGAAUACGACGACGACGACUACGGGGACAACUCGACGUUACACAACCUAAAGCCCAAUGUCUGGGUGCCGAUCUUCCUGACUAUCGUCAGCUGCGGCACGCUGGCAUGCGCCUGCGCCGGGGCCUUCAUCGUCUAUCGCUACUUCGUCGAGGAGAUACUGGACGGCAAUCCCCUGAUGACGCUUGUGCUCAUAGUCGCGACGGUCCUCAUGCUGCAGAGCAUUGUGCCGUUCUGCUUAGAGGACAAGGUUAUGGGCGCACAGCAUCUGAACGCGAGGAAGAUUUACGUGUCGAGCUUGUCGUUCGGUCUGGCCUUCUCGGUGAUGCUGACCAGAGCCUUGUUCCUCGCCUUCACUAGCUGUAGUCCCAGCUUCACCAGCCACAUCAACGGCUACCUGCAGGGCUGCAUGUUGCUCUUCAUGGCGGGCGUCGAGAUCGCCAUUUCCACCAUGUACUUCGCGCUGAGCACCAACGACGCGGCUCGCGUUAUGCGGGGACCCGUGUACAUCGCUCUCUUGGGCUACGACAUAUUCCUGCUGGUGGUGUUGUUCGUGACGUGCUGCUUCAUCGCGCACAUCCCGCGCAACUACCGUGAGGGCAUGUGCUUCUUCGGCACGGCGAUAGGCUUGCUGAUGACCUGGGCGGUCUGGCUGACCUGCUUCUUCCUGAUGUCGGCCGAGCAGCGAGACGUGAUCGUCUGCUACGGCAUCCUCGGCACCGCCUGCCUCAUCAUCGUCGGUAUCCUCGUGCCGCGCACUUACUUCAUGCUGUCGCAUUAUUCACGAACCGGCGACAAGGAUUUCAUGGGCCGUUUCGAGGUGGCCGACCUGCCGGAUCCAAGGAUGAAUAAUGCAGCGCGUCAGGCGUUGGAUUUGCAGUCUCGUCAGCCGUUCUACGAGUACGUGCAGCAGCAGCCGCCGUCGGCCAAUUACUACGGCAGCACCAGCCCGAACAAGCAGCCUGGCAGCGCGAGAGGCCGACGCAACCAGCGCAGUCCUGAGCCGAGGCGCACGCCUGGCUACAACAAUUACGGAUUUCGGCCGGAAAUGAGGGAGCUCGAGCAGGCUUACGUCAUACCACGACUCUACGUCGACGACCCGAACGUUAGCCGUAUCCAAUCGGUGGUCAAGAGCGAGGAGCCACUGGAAGGGCCGGCCGCUCAAGAAGCCCGCUACGCACUGCCCAGAUCUCUGCUGCGGAAAGCCCGAGGAUUGGCUGGCAGCAUCAACCGGAAAGUCAGCGGACGAGGAGAGCAGCAGCAACCGACCAGCAAUCCCAACGCCCGCAACAACCGGCCCAUCGAGACCGAGGUCUACGUUCAGGAUCGAAUCUCUCCCCGGCGCCUAGGGCCUGACGAGCACUUCCCACCCCUCAGGAGCCCCAGUCCCAAAUUAACGCCGACUCACACCAGCAUACGCGAGGAGGACGAGAUUCACGACUACAACAGGAUUACCCGCUUCUAAGCACUUUCCGAAAGACCAACUGACUUGUCGUUGCUCUCGAUUGUUUCGCUGAUUAGUUUCUUAAGGACCAAGUCCAAUUCUAUGACCAAUUCUGAAGAUUUGUUUCGAGAAGAUAACUUAUUUUGAGACUGCCUCUGCCGGCUCGCAUACUCGAACAAAAAGACUACGAGACUACGACUGUUCUGUACAGAAAUAAGUGGAACACUGCCGCUCUUUGGAAAUGAAUCUAGUCGUUUAUGUUGUAGCUGUUCAAAUUCAAACAAGCAAAAUCGAAGAUAAGUUCGAUACGUCUAACUUUAAAGUAAUUCAUAUUUUAUUUAAUGAUCGAUUGGUUAUUAUAUUGUUACUUUACUUCAAUCACUAGGAACAUUACGAUUAUGAAGUUGAUUAUUAUAUUUUAAAUCUAUCAUACUCAAUACUUUAACCACUUUCACAAGUUUACUCAAUUACUCAGUUUGGAUGGAAUAUCAAUAUAUGUGUUGAACGGAAUGACUGAAUAAAUAAUCUCACUCUAAUCUGAACUGAUAGAUCCAGGGCUAUAUUAUAGGUGGAUUGAUUAAUAUAUAAAAAUAAUAUUAAGUAAACCUCAUUAAUGUUAUCAUAAGAAACAUAAGAAGUUUAUUUGAUGAAUGUUCAUUCUAUUGGAAGACAUGAAAUUUUUCGAUCAAACAUGCGUGAUAUUUUUAGAAAGAUUAAAUUUUUUGAACACUGCAAAAAAUUUUUGAUAUAUUUGGUACUUUUGAAAAUCAAUAUCUGAUUAUUAUGAAAUCAUCAUAUGAAAAAUGAUAUUAAUUGUGUAUAUAACGUGUAUAUAGGAUAGCUGCGCAGAAUUGUUAAAAAAAUAACGUUAAUUCUCAAAAAGAAAGCCAUCCAAUGUAAACUGUCGAGCUAUAAUGAUGAUACAUAAAUCAUCUUUUCGCUUGAUAAGCUUUAACUAUUUAACGUAUCCUAGCCACACUUCCAGCUUAUCGGCAUUUUUAAUUGAAAGCUCUCUCUCGAUUAAGGCUUUUUUUACCU